AUGUUACCUUUCACCACCUACAUCAUUGCCAAAACAGAUUUGAUCAAAUAUGUUCCUCAGAAGUCCAUCAAGGGACAAGCUGUUGCAGAUUUCUUGGCAGAUCAUCCAGAGAAAGAAAUUGACAAUAUGGAUUCCAUGGAUAUAGCCAAUGCAGACCUGCUAACUAGAGCUCACACCUGUCUCAAUAAUCCCAUUUACUCAGUCCAUCUCACCCCCUGGAAGCUAUACUUUCAUGGAUCUAAAACAGACUUAGCCUCUAGGGCAGGGAUUGUGUUAGAAGAUCCACUAGGAAUCAAACAUUGUUAUUCAUUCCAGCUAGAAUUCUAG